AUGGCGGCGGCAUCUGCAAUCUCGUUGGCGGACCAAGCCUAUGGCUUGGGUGCUAUCAUGGAUGCUCAACGGCGGAUCCUGUUGUGGGGACUCCGAAACAUCCAAGCAGAUCUCGAACGAACUGAGCGUCGGCUUAUCAAGGGGGACCUCCCUUUCAAUUGUGACUUGUCUGGGGAAGCUAGUAAGGAAAUCUGGUUGUUAAGGGACGCUACUGAUCGGAUGGAAGAUGCCAUCGACGAAAUCUACUACCACAGGUUGGAGCAAGAGGUUGGUAAUCCCAUCUCCAUGUCCGUCAAAAGAAAGUUUGUCAACAAGAUUGCACGGUUUGGUAUUCCGUCGAGUAGCCUGAAAAAGCUGAGGGAGAUGGCGGCUCUCUUCUUACCACAGCAUCAGGAAUACCGACUUCCCUACCUAGGACAACGGUUAAGUGAUAUUUAUGAUGCUCCUGCCGUCAAUGAGCGAUACCCCAGUUGGCAAGCAACUGGAGGUGGUUCUUUUGGUCGGGACGGGGCAAAAGAAAAAAUAGUGCAGUCGUUGACGGAGGAUAUAGCUGAAGACAACCCUGUUUCUGUUUAUACAGUGGUAGGGAUGGCUGGAAUGGGGAAAACAACACUUGCUAAUAUCAUAGGUCGAGACCCAAGAGUGUCCAAAAACUUUCACGCUGUGGUAUGGGUGACCGUGUCUGCUGAUUUUAAUACAGAAGAAAUCACAAGAGUUAUACUGGAAUCAAUUACCGGUAGACCACCUGCAUACUCUGGUAUUAACCUUCUGCAGAGUUCUCUUACUGAUACUCUCAGAUAUAGGAAGGUUUUGCUAAUUCUAGAUGAUGUCUGGGAAGAUAAUAGUCUUGAAAAGUGGCAAACUUUAUUGGCUCCUCUAACGGUCUGCAAGAAAGGAAGCUGGAUCCUGCUGACAACCCGGAUGCAAUCAGUCGUGGAUAUGGCAGCUGCUGCUGUGGGAAAUCAAGUUCAAUAUCUGAAACUGGAUGACUUGGAUGAAGAUGACAGUCUCAUGCUCCUAAAAAGCCGACUGCCUUCUCAGAUUGAUUCUGAAUAUUUUAGUAAUCUUAUGCUGAUAGCUGAACAGAUAUUGAAAAAGAUUGGUGGAUGCCCUCUAGUAAUCAUUUUUGUUGCUUCAUGGUUGGGGGCACAUAUGGAGACCCAUGAUUGGAUUACAGUAUCGCAGAAAGGCUGGCAGCACAUUACAGAGAAGGACAUCAUUAUUAGAUCUCUGAGAUUGAGUUAUGAUUGUCUGUCUGCAGAACUGCAAGCUUGUUUUAGAUAUUGUAGUUUAUUUCCUAAAGGAUACAAGGUUAGCAAGGUAGAACUGUCAAAAAUGUGGGCUGCUUCUAUAUUGAUACCUUUUAGCUCAUUGAAGCAAAAGAAUAUUGGCCUACACAAAACAAAACAUGCUGACUUAUUGAGCUCAGAGGUUGUGGGGGAAGAAUACUUUGAUGCAUUAGUGAGAAAAUCGUUCUUUAUCCGUAUGUUAGAAACAGAACCUUCUAGCGGAGAUCAGAAAGAAUAUUACAUUUUGCAUAAUUUAAUGCAUGAUUUGGCAGAACUCGUCUCUCAAGGUGAAUGUGUAAGAGUGGAUAGUGGUAAUUUGCAUAACAUCAGCUAUAAAACACGACACCUGUCUAUUGCACAUUUCAGCAAUUUAGUGGCGAUGUGCAAUCAUCAAGAGAUAUUUUCUUCUCGUUAUGACAAAAAUCCUCUAUAUUUGCGGACUCUUAUCAUACAAUCUGAGUUUGCUAUUGACAAAGAGGCUGAAAUUUUCCUUGGGAAGUUCCUGAAGAGUUCUAGACACUUGCGUCUACUGUACUUGGGUGUUCCAUCACUAUUUCAUGCACUUGAUAGUGUUCCCAGUUUAAUUCAUCUCCGUUAUCUCUUUUUAUUUUCAUGUGACGAGUCUCAUCUUCACAAACUCUUUGGAUUGUAUCACUUGCAAGUGUUCAAGCUUGAGUACUUCACAGGAAAAGAGGCAAACUGCACUGCUAUACAUAACUUACGUUUUUUGCGCUGUCUGCAUGUUCCUGACAAUGUGUCAUCUUAUAUCUAUCAAAUUGGGAGGUUGACCUCACUUCAGGAGUUACAUGGUUUUGAAGUAGUGGAAAAGGAUGGUCAGAGAUUGAGUUCAUUGGGGAGUUUAAAAAGCUUGUGCCAACUCAGCCUAAGAAAUCUUCAAAAUGUCUCGAGUUGUAAAGAAGCUUUGGAGAUCAAAUUGAAGGACAAACAUCAGAUGCAGUAUUUGUCACUGGUGUGGAACAAGCACUUGAAGGAACCAGUGAAUCGAGAUGAUCAGAUUAUUGAUGAUCUUGAACCAAACGAAGAAAUUCAGCAGUUACACAUUCAUGGUUACAACGGAGUCAAACUUCCAUUUUGGAUUGAGAACUCGUUGCCCAUACACUUGGUGUCACUUGAGCUUGAAUACUGCAUGAACUGGAAGAGCCUGCCCUCUCUUCGAGAGCUUAAUUCACUUAAGUAUUUGAUUUUGGAGAACCUUUUUCAGUUAGAAUACAUAGGUACAUUGCCCGAGCUGCAUCUUGAGGCUGUCGAGUCAGAUAAUGCUUGGCUGCCUCCAUUUCUCAGUACUCUCAUUAUUCGAUGGUGCCCAAAGCUGAGGGAACUUCCUGCUAUACCAUGUUCCCUUGAGCUACUAGUUAUAAAGCAUGUUCAGCUUGCAUUUCUGCCAAGAAUACAGCAGAGAUAUACUCUUGCCAGGGAUUCAGCAUCAGUAAAAUCUCAGCUUACUUUUUUGCACAUAGAAAGUUGUGCACGUUUGACUUCUCUGGAUGAAGGUCUUUUAGAUCAGCAGGAACAACUUCAGUCUCUUACAAGAUUGGUUGUAAGGCAUUGUGAAAGGCUACGGCAUCUGCCAAAGACAGGUUUCACAGUAUUAAAUCACCUGAAUUCCCUUGAGAUAGUUGCAUGUCCAAUACUAAGGGAUGUGAAGACCAAAGACAGUCUGCUGCCUGCGUCACUCAAGAACUUGGAUUUGAACCCUUGCGGUGAUAUUGAAGCAUCAACUCUCAUGUCAUUGCAGAACCUUACUGCUCUCAGAAGGCUAACAUUGUUCAACUGCACUAAUAUAGAUAAACUUCCAUCAGUUGAAGUGUUUGGGACUCUGAACAAUCUCAAUGAUAUGUCACUAGCUAGAUGCAAAAACUUGUUAUCCUUGGGUGGGCUUGGAUCCGUUGCCUCCCUAAGAGUGCUAUCAAUCGUAUGCUGUAAUAAGCUGAGUUAUUCACAGUUGCCACAGGAUGGCUGCUCCUUUAAGCUACAGAAGCUCAUAAUCGACUGGCAAGCUCUAUUAUCAGUGGAGCCACUAAGGAGCCUCAGACACACCAAGGAGCUUCAAAUUGGUGAUGAUUAUGAAAUGGAGUCACUGCCUGGGGAGUGGUUGCUCCAGAAUGCUGCUUCCUUAUGUUCCAUUCAAAUAGGAGUUGUCCAGUCUCUUUGCUCACUGCCAAAUGAGAUAGAAAAGCUUGAGUUGUUACAGAGUUUGUGCAUAGAAAGUGCCCCUCAGAUUCAGUCACUCCCUCAACUGCCUGCCUCACUUAGCAAGCUGACAAUCCGGGGCUGUGGCCCGAAUUUUUUGAAACGUCAUGAAAUGGAUGGUGAAGAUUGGGACAAGAUUGCUAACAUUGCUAAUGUGGAUAUCAAACCCUACUCUGAAGCUGAUUCUGGACAGUUCAUUUAUGUGGAUGGUGUGUACAAGAUCAAAUUAUGGAUUACUAGAGGUAGGUUGGUUGUUUCAGCUUUUGGGCAGAAGAUGGAACAAAAAGGCCUAGAAGUUUACCUGAUGGAGCAUCAUCUACCAAAACCAUUAAUGAGCUAA